GGAGAGCAGCAGCAGCACAUGGACCCCGCGGCGGCGAUGGAGACCGGCGACCUGGACGCCCUGUUCCGGGCGGCGGACGACUUCGGCUCCUACCCAGGAGUUCAUGGUGAUGACACUGUCAGGCAGUUCCUGGAACAGUUCCCUCUGCCUAAGCUGCUAGGCGCAUUGCAGAGUCAGGCAGAUGUACCUGGGACGAUUGAAACUCUUGCAGCAUGCUUGGACAAAGUUUUUUCUUCUACAUAUGGAGCAUCACUUCUGCCAAGCUAUGGUGAGUUUAUUCAAGCUGGGCUGCUCGCAAACUCAAAGAAUAUCAGACAGUUGGCCUGCAAAGCUGUGUUACAUCUUCUUGACAAGGCUGGAGAUAGUGCUGUGGCUGUGGACACAUUUGUACAGCAUAAUCUGUACCCUCUUCUGGUCAACUGUUUGAUUGAGGGAGAUGAAGAGAUCUCAGCAAUUACUUUGGAUACCAUAAAGCGCCUAGCAGAAAUUCCUAAAGGAAUUGAUAUCAUAUUUCCACCAGAAGGUCAAGGAUCUUUGCAACUCGACAAAGUGGCAGCUCAGUCAUCCUCAAUGGCACGGAUUCGCAUUCUAUCUUUGAUAGCUAAGCUCUUUGCUGUGUCAAGUUCUACUGCUACUGCAAUUCGUGACUCAAACCUUCUCAGCUUGUUUGAGGCCGAGAUAAAAGAUAGAAAAGAUAUGCUUAAGACCCUGAGCGCACUAGAGGUCCUCUAUGAGCUCGCGGAACACCCUCACAGCAAUAUCUUCUUGCUGAAGAACAGUUUGCUUCAACACAUAACUGAUGUGAUCAACGAUUCCUCAACUGAUCCUGUUGUACGGUCAAGGGCAUCAUUGAUCAGUGGGAGACUUCUUUCUUCAGCUGAUGCUUUUAUGACUAUAGAUCAAUCUUGUGUUAUGAACCUGCUCUUGGCCAUAGACAGAAUAUUCAGGAUGGAGGAAAGUCAAAAUACUGAUGAAAUUGAGAGCACAUUGGAGACUCUAGGUCUAAUUGGUUCAACAACUCAAGGAGCAAGUUUGUUGUUCACUGAUUCAUCAAAUGUUGCCAAACAUGUGGUAGAGUUAUCCUUUGAUCGACAGGGCAGAGGCAAACAGCUCGCUGCUUUGCAUGCCUUUGGAAGCAUAUGUGGCGUUGAUCGACAAGAAGACCAGAUGAAAUUGGAUGAUCAAGCAGAAGAACGCCUGAAGCGCUUAGUCUAUAUUGUAGCAUCAAACAGUCCAAAAUUAACUCCUUCAGCUCUUCUUCUAUCAGUUCUACAGCAAGAUCCAGAUAUUCGGAUAGCUGGCUAUAGAGUACUGUCAGGACUGGUUGUCCGAGAAUGGGGCCUAAGGGAAGUUUGCUCAAAGCCAGAGAUAAUCAGAGUUGUUACUGAUCCAACAAUGGAUACAACAAAACUUGGCAUGGAAGAGCGUUAUGCUUGUUGUGUGGCAAUCAACAAGGCCUUGUCAUCGUCCCACCUUCUCCAUGAAUCGAGUCUUUCUGAACUCAUUGGAAAGCUGAGUGAAGCGGUUAGAAGAGGUCCUUAUCUUUUGGAGAGGAAGCGUGUGGAGGCUCAGCCGGUGGUUGAUACCAUGCAGAGGUUUUAAGUUUGCCCUAACUCUUCAGCUACACCAACCCUGAGAAACUGUGUACCCUCUGUUCUUGAUGCAACGCUUGCUCCGGUCUCGCGGAUACACUAGAAGCACAUGUGUUUUAGUGCGGCAACUGAACUUGUGUAACGAGGAUAGUAUCAGAGAUUCAGGUUCUCCGGUUCGGUUUUUUUUUUUUGUAAUAUAAACGUGCGAUGGAGGGAUAAGUAAAAUCUAAAAGGAAUCCUGUAUUUUGCAAUGGAAUGCCAGACAAAGAGAAACACCAUUGCUCCCUA